UUCAGCAGCACGAGCCGCUCAGCACCAGAGUCUGAGAUGGAGACAUCAAGAGUCGCUCUCAUUGCUCUCGUGUGUGUUGUGUUCUCCAGUCAGAAGAGGAUCUCUGGAGCAGAAGUGGAGAUGAGAGUCAGACCAGGAGACGACGUCACUCUCUACUGUGACUGUGUUUGGAAAGCUGGAUUUUAUCCGUUGUGGUUUAGAAACUGCUCAGAAGAAGAUCAUCCUACUGUUAUCAUCUCUAUUCUCAAAGUGUUUGGUGGUGAUUUUCCACGUUAUUCAUUUGUGUUGAACAAUUCCACCAACACACACAAUCUGCUGAUUAAAAACAUCACAGAAUCAGAUCAGGGCCUGUACUACUGCGCUCUGAGUGAGAAGAAGGUUACGGACUAUAAAAAUGGUCCAAUACGCUUCGGUGACGUUUAUCACUAUGGAAACAGAUCAACUCGACUCUCUGUACUCACAGAAACCUGUGACAGUGUAUCAGAGGAGAGUGUAAGCUGUGUAAGCUGGAGUCUGGUGUUCAGUGUGUGUGUUGUGUGUGUUCUCCUCUCCUCACUCCUCUCCUCCAUCUGUGUGUACUGCGUCUGCACAAACACCACUAAAGCGAGAGUCAAAGCUGAUCUGACAGGAAGUGACAAAAGGACGACUCUGAGACGUGAAGAAGUCGGAGAUGAUGAGGUUUGUUACGCCUCACUGGACACCCAGAAGCUCGAGAGGAAGAAGAUGAAGAGGAAGAAGAGAAUUCAGCACUCUGAUUUCAGCACAUACUCAGAGGUCAGAACUGAGAGAACUGAGAGAUUCUGAGGAGGCGUUAAUGAGUUCUGAACUUCCUGUUACAUCACAGUGUUUUAUUCUGAUCAACUGUUUUUACUUCCUUUAUGACUUUAAUCCUAAUGAGAGAAAUUAAUUUGAGAUUCUUUCUGCUUGUGCUUUAUGGUUU